AUGUCCUCUGCUCAUGAUGCCACUACCAAGAUCUCCAUUGACAAGUUCGACGGCGACAACUACGCGACGUGGAGCCGCUACAUGCGUGGCGUGUUCCUGACCAAGUCGGCGUGGCACGUGGUGAACCGGGAGACCACCCCCACCUUCGCCGAUCCUCGCGCCAGUGACGACUACGUCAAGACGAACAACAUUGCGUUCGGCUUGAUGCUGCUGCACAUGAGCGCAGAUUAUCAUCACGUGGUUGAUGACUGUGAAGAGGCGUGGGUCGCGUGGGCGCGUUUGAAGACGCUGUACGGCGGGUCGCAGAAGGCUGGACGCAUCUACUUGAAGCGCCAGCUGUUCAGCAUGGAGAUGGCGGAAGGCGGCAAUGUGAUGCAUCAUUGCAACGAAGUCCUCAACAUCAGCGCGAAGCUCAGCAGCAUCGGCGCCAAGAUGGAGGACGAGGACGUGGCGAUCUGCUUGUUGCGCAGCCUCCCCAAGAGCUACGAGAACGUCGUUCUCAACUUGGAGAUGAGCAGCGCGGAACUGCGAUCGCGAGACGUCGUGAGAGUGCUCACGAAUGAGCACAUCAAGAGGCAAGGUGACAAGACGACAUCGGUGAAGACUGAAGACGCGGCGAAGGCGUUCAGUGCCAAGCGUGAACCUCGCCAGUGUACAUACUGCGGAAAAUUGGGGCACACGGCGGAGCGGUGCUGGACCAAGCAGAAGGACGAAAAUCAAGGUGGAGCUCGACGCGGCGGCAACAAUGCUCGUGGACGCGGAGCCAACAACGUUCAGUGGCGAACCAACAACAACAACGACGACAACUACGAUCGAGUUGCGUUCGCGGUUUCGCUGGAGGCUGGACAUUCGAGGGGCAAGAAUAUGCCAGGGAUGUGGGCAGUCGACAGCGGUGCGACGCAUCACAUCUGCAACGACAAAGCCAAGUUUGCAAGCCUGAAUGAGCGAGAGGAAGGCUAA